GCUACAACUAAGGUAGUGUUGGUGAGCUGCGAGCCAGGAGAGAGACCGUGUGACCCGAGUCAACACGGGGGGAACAAAAAAUCUGGAUCAAAUUGGAGCCAUACAGCCUCGACACCGCGAACGCACUCACCACAGCUCCGAGCCUGGAUAUGGCUACGUCUAUACUCGGGGAAGAGCCGCGGUUUGGAACUACACCCUUAGCUAUGUUGGCUGCAACUUGCAACAAAAUCGGUAACACCAGCCCUCUGACAACUUUACCUGACUCCAGCGCUUUCUCCAAAGGUGGAUUUCACCCGUGGAAGAGGUCCUCCUCCAGCUGCAACCUGGGCUCCAGCCUGCCGGGCUUCACGGUCGCGACCAGCCGAGCCUCCACGGGACUAACAGCGAGCAGCGGCGCGGGCAACAGCGCCUUCUGCUUAGCCUCCACCUCCCCGACCUCCUCAGCCUUCUCCACCGAGUACAGCGGCCUGUUUUCCAACUCCGCGAGCGUCACGACGCAGGAGUCCGGCCAGUCGGCCUUCAUCUCCAAAGUCCACACGUCAGCCGAGACUCUGUACCCGCGGGUGGGCAUGGCGCACCCCUACGAGUCCUGGUACAAGUCCGGCUUCCACUCGACGAUCUCCGGCGACGUGGCCAACGGCGCGUCGUCGUGGUGGGACGUCCACAGCAACCCGGGCUCGUGGCUGGACGUGCAGAACCCCGCGAGCACCCUGCAGAGCUCGCUGCACUCCGGGACGCCGCAGGCCAUCCACUCCCAGCUGAGCGGCUACAACCCGGACUUUUCGUCGCUGACGCACUCGGCGUUCAGCUCCACCGGGAUCAGCCCGUCCGCGUCCCACCUGCUGUCCACGAGCCAGCACCUGUUGACGCAGGACGGCUUCAAAACCGUCAUCCCCACCUACACGGACGCUUCCGCCGCCAACGCCAUGAUUUCGGGGGGCAGUUCWGGAAUAAGCAGCUCGUCCAGGUCCUCCAGGCGGUACUCCGGCAGAGCAACAUGCGACUGUCCGAACUGCCAGGAGGCCGAGCGGCUGGGGCCCGCGGGGGCCAGCCUGCGGAGGAAGGGACUCCACAGCUGCCACAUCCCGGGCUGCGGGAAGGUGUACGGAAAGACCUCUCACCUGAAAGCGCACUUGAGGUGGCACACCGGCGAGCGGCCUUUUGUCUGCAACUGGCUGUUCUGCGGCAAAAGGUUCACUCGGUCCGACGAGCUCCAGAGACACCUGAGGACCCACACCGGCGAGAAGCGCUUCGCCUGUCCGGUGUGCAACAAGCGCUUCAUGCGCAGUGACCAUUUGAGCAAGCACAUCAAAACGCACACGGCGGGCGGAGGGGGCAAAAAGGGCAGCGACAGCGACACCGACACCAGCAACCUGGAGACCCCGAGGUCCGAGUCCCCGGAACUUAUUUUGGAGGGGGUGAACCCCAGGAUCACGGUGAAAGACCCGUCCCCCCACGACGAGCCCUGAGGCGGCACCCAAAAUCAAAGCAGAGAGAAAAAAAAUUAAUAAAAAUGAAUAAAAAAAACUGCACAGCAAUGAAAACGGGUCGUAUUUGACACACAAAGCAAGAAAAAAUAGUUUAAAAAAACAUAAAAUAUACCCACACAGGCGCAACGAGUAUUUCAUUUAUAAAUCCAUCUAAAGAAAACGCAAACUGAUUUUUGGCCUUUUGAAAAAAAUAAAUCAAAGACUUGGAGGCGCGUAAAAACCUGUUGAACUCUGUGAGCCCCAGCUUGUAUAUUAAACCCCUAAACUCYGUGUUUCCUCAUGUAAAUGUCAUAAACUUGGACUGUUUUAUUCGUGUUGGUAUCCUGGAAAUCAGGGAAUUUACUUUCCGACGCACUUUUGUGGAUAUAUAUGUAUGUACACAGCUUUUUCCCCUCCUCCUCUCUACCCCCUAAAUUUUUUGUUAAUCAUUUGAUUUCUUUGCUUAAAAAAUAAUCUAUAUAUAAAUGUUUACCUGUAUAAAGUCACACAUAAAACCUUCAUUUAUCGUAAUUAAAACAUCUGAAAAAAAAAAGGCUGUAUUUGUGUGUAAAUUUGAUAUUUGAUUUUCUUCAAAUCUGAGUAUUUUAUUGAGGUAUUUUUUUUAAAAGAAGUGUUUAUUUCUUCUUUUAAAAAAUAAUAGCUGGUUUGCCCUCCCCGUGGAAUAAAUUCGUGUUUAAUUCCCUGGAAAAGACAUUUCAUGGCUAAAUGAAAACCUUGUUAAAUGUUAUUAAUUAUGACUUGGAGCACUUUGCAGCCCCAUGUGUCUUGUAUUUUGCGAUUAGGGAUYCCUGUCUUAUCAAAUAUCUAAUUAAUCUCCGAGACAUCUAUUGUUCACUUUCACUUCAUCUGGGGGGGCUUAGAAAAGGUCCCCGAAUAUUUAUUCUAAUUGUCCAAAUUAACUGCUUUCAUUUGCAUCCCAAUCCAUCCACAGAGGAAGGAUACGCCUUUUUUUAAAAACCAGAAACAUAGAUGUUAGAGGAACAGUUUUUUUUCUCACCUCAGAAAAAAUAAAGGCCAAAAAGUCAAAUGCAAAUGUUGGAUUUGAAAUGCUUUUUUUGCGCGGCGCAGUCAAAUGGCCCCGUGUUAUUUGAAUAUCAGUGGCCCCGGCAUUGAAAGGGUUCAAGGAUGCUCUCUGACUUCUUUGUGUUUACCCAGUGCAGCGUCCGACUCCCAGGAAAGAGAGGAAAAAAAAAAAAAAAAAAAAAAAACAGGGAAUAAUAAUUACAGCCUGAAUCCAAGGGAGGGAGCACGUCAAGGAAAAGCAUCUCAUUCAGACACCUAUUUUUUUUUUUUUGUAAGGCAGGAUGUUAAAUUGARCAGAAGGCAAUAGAGGGGAAAUUAUUUUCAUUUCCUGCUGUGCAACAAAAGCACCUAAAUUGUUAAAAGAUAAAAAGACAUUAUUAUGCCUCCAAUUUCUAUUCAAUAAAACAUAUAAAAC